CCUUAUGGACAAAUUUAGACCCGGCAGCCGGGGUGAACCCACCAUCCCCAGUAUACUUAAGAAACCAAAAGUCCAGAGUAAUAGCGAUCUUUUUGACAAAAGCUCUAAAAUAAAACGUGAAAAUGUUACGAGCAGACAUGAUGUGAACCUUCCACUCACUCAGGGCUGUACACCUUUGAUGUAUGCGUGUCAACAGGCUGAUUACAAGACUAUGGUCGAUAUACUUAACAGAGAUCCAUCAUCGGUACGCAAGCGUGAUCGUGGGUUAAGGUGCGCACUGCACUACUGCGCAUCAAGUGGGCAAACGAACCAAAGUGCGCGAGCGGCGUGUGCAGACCGCGUUCUUAUGGCUGCACCGACUUUGGCCAAUACUCGUGAUGCAGAUGGUCUCACGCCACUUCAUCUGGCAGUGGUACAUGGAAAUGUACCCCUUGUCCAAACUUUGCUGGCGGCAGGAGCUGAUGUCAAUGCGAAAGAUGAUGAGCAUCACACUGUUGUUCAUUGGGCUACAGUUUGUGGAGAAGUAGGAGCAUUAAGAGCGGUACUAGCUGCUGGUGCGGACGCGGCAACCCCUGAUCAACACGGAGGCUACCCUCUACACUACGCUGCUCAAAUGUGUGGAGCUCCAGCUGCUAUUGACCAUCAGAGCCGUGGAGCAGCUUUGGAAGUUUUACGAGCUCUGGUAAAAGAAGGCGACGCUAGAGUGGAUGUUAGGGAUGCUGACGGACGCACACCAAUGCUAUGGGCUGCUUCAGCAGGCUCUGCCGCUGCUGUAUUGGCUCUCCAUCAAGCUGGCGCAAGAGUUGAUGAUGCUGAUAGGGACGGUUUAACUGCGUUACACUGCGCAGCUGCAAGAGGGCAUACAGAGGCAUUAGAGACUUUAGUGGGUCUUUGUGGCGCAAGAGUAGACGUAGCAGACUCUCAUGGCUGCACCCCCUUACAUUACGCCGCAGCUCUUGGCCAUGCUGAUGCAACGGUUGCCUUACUUGAACACGGGGCUGAUGCCCAUCGACAGGAUCGAAGAGGCCGCAGUCCUGCUCAUACCGCUGCUGCUAAGGGGCAAAUAGAAACCGUGCGGAUACUAGGAUCCCGUGGUGCUAACUUAUGGCUACGCAAUUCAAAAGGAGACUUUCCUUUACAUGAAGCAGUUGCUUCUGGUCGUAGGGAACUCGUUAAAUGGCUAUUAGACGGUCGCCCUUCUCAAGUUAAUGCUACAAAUCAUGAAGGCAGAUCACCUCUACACAUUGCAGCUGCUACAGAUAAUGCAGAUCUUUGUAGGUUGUUAUUAGAUCGCGGAGCAGAGGUUAAUUUUGUAGCGAGGUCUUCGAAAAACGAGCCUAUAACUCCUUUAGACUGUGCAACCAUACGUGGCCAUCGGUCUACAGCAAAAUACAUACAGAUGCAUGGUGGCCUUCCAGCUUCUAAACUACCAAAUACUCAGAUCAUCAUCGAUAACACUCCGAUUUCUAGUUUACCUACUCGGCGUGUAACAAGUACCAAAAUUGAUUUGAGAGACAAAAUAAGAAUAGAAAAAUGUGAAAUUGUAGAAGUGUCUAGUCCAUUACAAGAAACGCGAAGAUUUAGAAACGACAGUGAUUUUAACUCGAAUAGUUCAUUAGACAAGCGUUAUAAAAGAAAUAAACAUCUAGAUAGAUAUUCAGAGCGAAGAAAUAAAUUAGUUACAAAUAAAAAUAAAAGUUUUAGUGAUGGAUAUGAUAGCGAAAUAGAAGCAUGUUGUCAUCAUGACCAUCGGAAGCAAAAAGCAACUAAAGGAACUAGAUCACGGAAAAGCCGGUCCAGAAGCGAACCUUCGAAGCGAAGUCGAUCUACUUCGAGACAUCACCGAAGAUAUAAAUCUAGCUCCGAUGAGUCAUCAGAACUAUCUAGUUGUCACGAAGAAAAAAAGAAAAAUAAACGACAUAAAAAACGUUACAAAAAAAGAACACAAUCAACUUCCGAAAGUAGUACAGAAUCAAGUGAACGUCGUAGUACAAAGCGAAAAGGUAAAAAGACAUCAAUUCAUAUUGAAAACGACGAACAGAAACAGAGUGUAAAUAUUGUAAAGUACAAGGUGAUAGGAAAUGAGCAAAGUAUCAAAUCGCCAGAAAACGUUGAACCAAGCGUCACAUUUGACGUUCCCGUAGAACCAACUGAUAUUGAAAUAAACAAAACCAUACAAGCAAGUAAAAGUAAAACACACAGUGAAACUGAAACCGAUACCGUAUCCCUAAAAACGAAUAUGGUUACAACUGAAGCACAAAUACAUAUGGAAAGAGAAUCAAGCCAACAUGGAAGUUCAGAAUUAACAGUAACUCUUGAUUCACUUAACAACGUUUCAAUUGAAACAUCUAACUUAAAUGUGUCACAUACUGAUAUGAAGAACAAAGACGAAAAUCACUCUGAACUAGAACAUAAAAAUAUAGUUGAUAAGUCACAUCAAGAAACCUUAGAUGAUACUUUACCUGAACAAAAGACGUCUGAUUCUGAACAAAAAGGUAUGGAUGAAAAAGCUUUAAAAUCAGAUGGAACCGAAGUAUUAGAAACUAUUUCUAAUGACAAAAACACAGAAAACUUACCUGACACAGAAAUAAAGGAUAGUGUAGUAUCACAAAUGGUUGAAACUACAGAUGAAGCAUCUGAAGAUAUAACUCAUAAAAAGUCUUUCCAAGUAUUGUCAGGACCUGAAAAACCUUUGAGUAGUGAUAUGUCACAUGAAAAAUCUGAUUCACUGGAUACAAAAAGUAAACAACCAGAAUCGGAAGAAAAAAGCUCGCCUAGUGUUUCGUUUUCAAAUAAGGAUGAAAUAAUAAAAAUAGACGUUGAUGGCGAAUUAAAUAAAAACCAAGAAUCACUACCUAAGGAUCGGACAUCUUUCGAUCAAGACCAUAGCCUUAAUGUGUCUACAGAAGCAGAAAAAGAAAAAAGUAUGGAAUCAAAACAAACAAGUGGUGGUGAGAAUACUCCAGUAGCCGAUAAAGGGAUAAUAUCUAUUAUUGAAGAUGUUCCUAAUAAUAAAAAACAAACAGUGGAAGCAAGUGGCUCGGAAGAAACAAAUUUCAAUUUAUCUCUAUCUGAACCAUCUUCGAAAAUACAUAAACCUUCAAAAAACGACGAAACUGGCAGUAGAAGAAACAGUAUUUAUGAAACAGAAAGUUAUAAAGUAUUAUCUGAAACUGCUGGUAUAGUCGAGUCAAGCCCAGGAAUUUUGAAAAAAUCGUUUGCCAUCGAUGAAACAUAUUUUGAUGACGAUGAAGAAAUACAAGGAAGGCUGUUAAAAGGUUCCUUAGGAAGAAUACCUAGCGUAAGUGACAAUGAAAUCUAUUGUAGCCAAUCAGAAGUCAAUGGUAAACGUAAAAGGUUUCGGAAAAAAGGACGAACCCGAAGUCGUAUUACCAUACGUUCUAAAAGUGAAAAUUCUGAAAGAGGCUACGAAUCCAGCGGUGUGAUGGAUUCAGGGUUUGAACCUAGUCCAAGACCGAUCCAACGUUGCAUAAUAAGUCCAAGACUGAACGCUUAUUAUCAACAGAGAAAAUCGGCGGGAAAAAUGCAAGGUAAAUCAGAUAGCAAAAUCCCUGUAAGAAAACCCGGAGACAGAAACGCUGUAGAUAUGCGUUCAGUUACACAGAGAAUACAAACGAAUAUGCGGAGGUACUACUGUGAGAGAAAAAUAUUUCAACAUUUGUUAGAACUUAAACGAUUGCAGAUAAGAACGAGUAAAGCAAAUGAAGCUGUUUUGGUUAAACGGGCGAUAGAUGAAUACAAUAAGUCAAGUUUAGCACACGUGGGGCUGGGAAGCUACAGCAGCACCGAAUACUCUUUCAGUAGUUUUGAAAAAUUUCUUUAUCAAAAUCUAAGAAAAUUCCAGAAAAGUGGAAAAAAACAUUUAGAUAAUUUACCGGAGAAACCAAUCGAUUUUGAUUACGGGGAAAGUGAGUUGUAUAAGAUGACCGCUAUACCUGAUAAUCCAUGUCUAUGCACAAGCAAAACACAUCGUUGCUUUCAUGCAGUACAUGCCUAUACUGGUAUUCCAUGUUCCGCUUAUAUUCCUUACAAGUGGAAUCACCACACAAUGCCCAAACCAGCCACGGCUAAUGCAGCGACAAAGUCCAAAGGGUUUUUGCCAAAAAUUCACACGAAACCUUCUUCAAGCUCUGGCAAAGCACACGUUACAUUGGAAGUGUCGCAUGGAACCGAGAAGCAGCUAAUCGCAUUACCAGCCGAAAAAUUAGACAAAAAUAAGCGAUACUACGUAACAUUUACAGUGAAAGGAUCUGAACCACCUUCGGACAAUGACAACGCAUCUCCGAAGUCGGCUAAACUGAAAACUGCUCAAAGUGGCUAAAUGUUACGGAUUGAAUAUUUAAAUUUUUUUUUGGUACAUUUUGACAAAGCAAUAGAAAACUGUGAUCGAUUUUUGAAUCAAGCUCAAAACACUGCCUUCUUACUUGAUGCAUGUAAUGAAUGUUAUUUCAAUUGUCCCAAUUAUAGAAUGGCGAUUGUCCACAAAGUUAUUUUUCUAAUUGCAUAGAUUUCAACGUAUUUAUAUAUUUCCUGGCGUUGCGAAAGGUAAAAAUCUGGAUAUACUUGUCUUCCUGUGAUAUUCUUUAAUUUUGCACAAAAUAGUAUGUCGUUUUCAAUACUUCUUAAAUUUAAAAACACUAUCUUCGAUCAUAUUCUUGCUACGAAGAUACAUUUGUUAUCAUUUAUUUAUAACUUAACAAUUUAUAACUAUAAUCAGCUAUUUACCCGGAACUCUAUAUUGUUUUUAUGUAAUUUCCGAUACAGGAUAUUCUCAAGGGCUACAAUAAAUCUUGCAAAAU